AUGAAGCUCUUGGUGGCCCUAGCCGUGCUUUUAUCCGUUUCGAACGCUUCCGAUAUACGUGUUCCUGAGCCGAAGGAUUGGUACGAGCAUGCCACAUUCUACCAAAUUUAUCCCCGUUCAUUUAAGGAUAGCAACGGUGAUGGAAUCGGUGAUCUACCUGGUAUUACUUCCAAGUUGAAAUAUUUGGCCGACAUGGGCAUCGAUGCUGUUUGGUUGAGUCCACCAUUCCCGUCGCCUAAUAUGGACUUUGGUUAUGAUGUAUCCGACUUUUAUAACAUCAACCCAGAGUACGGGACUUUGGAGGAUUUUAAAGAAUUAGUUGAUGAGGCACACAACAAUGGUAUCAAAGUUUUGCUGGAUUUUAUUCCGAACCAUUCUAGUGAUGAACACGCAUGGUUCACUAGCUCUGUUGCAAAGGAUCCUAAAUACGACGAUUUCUACAUUUGGAAGCCUGCAAAGAUGGUAGAUGGAGUACGGUUUCCUCCCAAUAAUUGGAUAUCUGUAUUCGGUGGAUCGGCGUGGACUUUCAACGAGACACGACAGGAGUAUUACCUGCACCAGUUCACUGAAAAGCAACCGGAUUUAAACUACCGAAAUCCAUUGGUGCUGGAAGAAAUGACCCUAAUGUUAUUCUUUUGGCUGGACUAUGGCGUAGAUGGAUUCCGAUUGGAUGCUAUUAAUCAUUUGUUUGAAGACGAGGAAUUCCGAGAUGAGCCCUUGUCUGGAGAGGGUAAAGAAGGAGAAUAUGACUAUCUUAACCACAUCUACACAAAAGAUAUAGAAAACGUCUACGGGGUAGUAUACGACUGGCGCGAUCUGUUGGACCAGUAUUCGGAGAAAAACAAUCGGACAAUCAUUCUUAUGACGGAAGCUUACUCUAGCAUCCAGGGGACCAUGUUGUACUAUGAAAGUGCAAAUCGAACGCGUCAGGGUGCCCAUAUGCCGUUCAACUUUCAGCUGAUUUACGACUUCAAGAGCGAUCAGGAUGCUGUCGGAUUGAAGCAAUCCAUCGAUUGGUGGUUGAAUCAUAUGCCAGCUCGGCACACGCCCAGCUGGGUGGCCGGAUCACACGAUCAUUCCCGGGUAGCGACACGAGUCGGUGCAAACCGAGUUGAUCAGUUGAUAACGUUGGUGCAUAUGCUUCCAGGAACCAGCAUUACCUAUUAUGGCGAAGAGAUCGGUAUGCUCGAUUACAAGGAAGCGGAAAAGUUUGACAACCGGGAUCCGAAUCGCACUCCGAUGCAGUGGGACAAUACGACCAGUGCCGGUUUCAGUACGAAUGAAACCACAUGGCUCGAUGUGCAUCCGCAGUACGCCGACCGGAACGUGGCCGUGCAGCAGAAAGAGCCUCACAGCACGUGGUACCAUUUCCGGAAUAUGACCUAUUUAAGACGGCAAAAAGCUGUACGAGAUGGGGAUUUCCUUCACCGGACCAUCGGAACCAGGGUGUACGCUUUGCUGCGGGAGUACCGUGGGGCGGAUUCAUUCCUGGCGCUACUAAAUAUGGCAGGGCAAGCGGAUACGGUCGAUUUAAGGGAUUUCGUUAAUCUUCCUCUACAAAUGACGGUUCAUGUGGCUCAACCGGAUUCCGCAUAUAAAGCAGGGGAUACCGUGACUAUCAGCGAGGUGAAGUUGGCACCGUACGACUCGAUUGUUCUGUUUGGCGAUUUGGCGUCUUCGGCGAUGGCGCUUAAGCUUUCGAUUUCGACCCUGCUGGUGAUGGUUUUGCGGUUACUCUUGGUUUAG